GAAAUAGUUAUUUUGAGUCUACAGCCAGAAACAUAGUGUUGUCCGAAUCCAAAAUGAAUGUCUCUUUUAUGAGUUCGUUUUUUUGGAUCCUCAGCGUGAAAUACGCGCAACCAGUGGAGCUCGAAUUCCAAACCAGCGACUCCUAUCAGCUGGUUCUUUUGACUCUACGAAACUACGCAAAACAUACAACACUACCUUCCGAUCGAAUGACAAAAGCAAAGAAAUCUGAACCUAAAUGAUCAAUUUCUUUACCAUUCCCAUGUACCAAUUGUUGAAAUUACAUUUACAUUUAUUUCACACCGUAUUUACUGAAAAUUCACUCGCAUACUUGAAAACAGAAAAUGUGUGAAAACUUCUGUCAAUCGGGCCAAGUGGCCACAGGCCGAUAGUAAUCUCAAAGUGACCAAACAUCGGCCGAUAAAGCAGCCUGGCUGAUAUAUCAGAUCACUAACCAGGACGAUGGAUCUGAAGAUACAUGAAGACCGUUUCUUCAAAUCUGGCUAUUGUUUACAGCUCACAAGGGUCUUGAGUGUCAGGGGGGAGGGAUGGAUGGUUUGGCGUGCAGAUGGUCCGGGGUAAAGGGGGGUAUUGUGACUCUGUGUGGGUGAUGUGCAGGGAGAUAUUUAGUAUUUUAUUGGUCUGUUCCAGAGGACCCAGCUGCUAGGUCAUUCCCUGCUGGCACACAGAGAGUGAGAGAGCGAGACGGGGAAAGAAAAUAUGGAGAAAGAGGGGGCAUUAGUGUAGAUGUCGAUGUGAAGAGCACACGAAAGCAAAAAAAGGACAGAAGGUAAGUGAAAAAUCAGAGGUAGGAUGAGAGAGAGAGAGGGAGGGAUGGAGUGGUACAGAAAGUAAGAUAGGGAGGAGAGAAAAAGAGGGAGGAAAAGAGAUAAGCAGCGAGCGAGUGAAAUGUGUCCGCCGUGAUCCAUCAGCCCUGCAGCCACACUAAUCACAGGUGGAAUUCAGCGAGCUCUUUAAAACGCUGCCUCUCAUUUCAAACCCUGCCCUCGGGCUCUCUGUGUGUAUGCGCGCGCGCACGUGUGUGUGUGUUUAGAAGUGUGUCAAAAAUCUCUCCGCUUGCCCUAUUUCAUGUGCCUGUUUCUGUGUGAAUUCCAGAUUCUGUGUGAAUUCCAGAAUUGUGUGUGUGUGUGUGUGUGUGUGUGUGUGUGUGUUUUGAAGAGAGAGAUAGACAGGGAUCUCACGAGACGGCAUGUGUAGGUUUGUGUAUAUGCAAUGCAUAUUUCUGUGUGUGUAUGUGUGCACCUGUUUGUGUGUGUAUGUGUAAGUCCCCCAGAGACAAUAUCUGGCUCAAACAGCUCCAGUGAUCACAGAUUGUUCCGUUUGUGUGUGUGUGUGAGAGAGAGAGCGAGAGAGCGCAGAGCGUCUUUGUGUCUCUACCUAUCCCAUCAUCCUGCUCAGCAGAGGUGACACCAAGGUGAGCGUGAGCGCUCUCUCUCCUUCUCCAUCACACCAUCACUGCCUCUUGCCCUCCCUUCCUCCUCUCCUUCGCUCUCUCUCUCUUUCUCGCUGUGCCUCUCUACAUGGCUCGGUGGCAGAUGGAGGCUGUGUCAGCAGGGAGAAAUGGCCAUUCACACACUCUCCUUUCUAUCUAUCUAUCUAUCUAUCUAUCUGUCUGUCUGUCUGUCUGUCUGUCUGUCUGUCUGUCUGUCUGUCUAAAGUCCCCUGCAUUUGUCUUUUUGUCCUUUGUUUGUCUGUAAGGAUGCACAGAUUUAAAAAAAUGUGUGUGAUUCUGACAAAUUGAUAAUGUUAAAGCAGAUUGUUUAAUACUCAUUGUUCAACGUUGUGGUAGAUAACAGGUGAAAAGUGAAACGGGCAUCACAGCAUUCUUACAUUACAGUUGAAAAGAUUAAUAACUGUGUAGUUCUUUAGAAAUCUGGCAUAAAAUCUAUCUAUCGUUCCUUCAUUUUAUAUAUAUUUCAUUCGCUCUCUCCGUCGAACAUGAACGUCUAUCUACAGGUGUCUGUCUGUCUAUCUAUCUACAGCUGUCUGUCUAUCUAUCUACAGGUGUCUGUCUGUCUGUCUGUCUAUCUAUCUACAGCUGUCUGUCUGUCUGUCUGUCUCUCUAUCUACAGGUGUCUGUCUGUCUGUCUAUCUAUCUACAGCUGUCUGUCUGUCUGUCUGUCAGUCUAUCUAUCUACAGCUGUCUGUCUAUCUAUCUACAGGUGUCUCUCUGUCUGUCUGUCUGUCUGUCUGUCUGCCUCUCUAUCUACAGGUGUCUGUCUGUCUGUCUGUCUAUCUACAGGUGUCUGUCUGUCUAUCUAUCUACAGGUGUCUGUCUGUCUAUCUACAGGUGUCUGUCUGUCUAUCUGUCUAUCUAUCUACAGCUGUCUGUCUAUCUAUCUACAGCUGUCUUUCUGUCUGUCUGUCUGUCUGUCUGUCUAUCUAUCUACAGGUGUCUGUCUGUCUAUCUACCUACAGGUGUCUGUCUGUCUGUCUAUCUACAGGUGUCUGUCUGUCUGUCUAUCUAUCUACAGCUGUCUGUCUAUCUACAGGUGUCUGUCUGUCUAUCUAUCUACAGCUGUCUGUCUAUCUAUCUACAGCUGUCUGUCUGUCUGUCUGUCUAUCUAUCUACAGGUGUCUGUCUAUCUAACUACAGGUGUCUGUCUGUCUAUCUACAGGUAUCUGUCUAUCUGUCUGUCUGUCUAUCUACAGGUGUCUGUCUGUCUAUCUAUCUACAGGUGUCUGUCUGUCUAUCUACAGGUGUCUGUCUGUCUCUCUGUCUAUCUAUCUACAGCUGUCUGUCUGUCUAUCUAUCUACAGGUGUCUGUCUAUCUAUCUACAGGUGUCUGUCUGUCUAUCUACAGGUAUCUGUCUAUCUGUCUGUCUGUCUAUCUACAGGUGUCUGUCUGUCUGUCUAUCUACAGGUGUCUGUCUGUCUGUCUAUUUACAGCUGUCUGUCUGUCUGUCUGUCUAUCUACAGGUAUCUGUCUAUCUGUCUCUAUUAAAACUCAAGGUGAGCGUGAGAUAGAAAGGUCGGGAAGAGAGGGGGAGAGUGAGCAACGGAGGAGACGGCAGGAGGAACAAACGAUGCACAAAGCGGCAAAAUGA